GUCCCAGGACUCGUUGCGCGACCCCGGCCGGAAGUCGGCGAGUUCCCCAGAGUGUCUGUGUCUGUCUGUGUCUCCCGGCGGCGCGCGGCCCGGGACCAGAGCCUGGGAUCCCCGCCGGAGGCGUCACCAGUCUCGCUAGCAUUACCCUAUCGCGCUCUUCUAGAGGGGAGUAGACCCGGCCCGUCGCCGGGCAGAGAAGAUGUUGCCUCUGUCCAUCAAGGACGAUGAAUACAAACCACCCAAGUUCAAUCUGUUCGGCAAGAUCUCGGGCUGGUUUAGGUCUAUCCUGUCGGACAAGACGUCCCGGAACCUGUUUUUCUUCCUGUGUCUGAACCUUUCUUUCGCUUUUGUGGAACUACUCUACGGCAUCUGGAGCAACUGCUUAGGCUUGAUUUCCGACUCUUUUCACAUGUUUUUUGAUAGUACUGCCAUUUUGGCUGGAUUGGCAGCAUCUGUUAUUUCAAAAUGGAGAGACAAUGAUGCUUUUUCUUAUGGGUAUGUUAGAGCAGAAGUUUUGGCUGGCUUUGUCAAUGGCCUGUUUUUGAUCUUCACUGCUUUCUUUAUUUUCUCCGAAGGAGUGGAGAGAGCAUUAGCCCCCCCAGAUGUGCACCAUGAGCGACUGCUUCUUGUUUCUAUUCUUGGGUUUGUCGUGAACCUGGUGGGAAUAUUUGUUUUCAAGCAUGGAGGUCAUGGACAUUCUCAUGGCUCUGGUCAUGGACACAGUCAUUCCCUUUUUAAUGGUGCUUUGGAUCAGGCGCAUGGCCAUGGAGAUCAUUGCCACAGUCAGGAAUUGAAACAUGGUGCUGCACAUAGCCAUGAUCAUGCUCAUGGACAUGGGCAUUUUCAUUCUCAUGAUGGACCCUCCUUAAAAGAAACAACAGGACCCAGCAGACAGAUUUUACAAGGUGUAUUUUUACACAUUCUAGCAGAUACACUUGGGAGUAUUGGUGUAAUUGCCUCUGCCAUCAUGAUGCAAAACUUUGGUCUGAUGAUAGCAGAUCCUAUUUGUUCAAUCUUGAUAGCCAUACUGAUAGUUAUAAGUGUUAUUCCUCUCUUAAGAGAGUCUGUUGGAAUAUUAAUGCAGAGAACUCCUCCCCUGUUGGAAAAUAAUCUGCCUCAGUGCUAUCAGAGGGUGCAGCAAUUGCAAGGAGUUUACAAUUUACAAGAGCAGCACUUUUGGACCUUAUGUUCUGAUGUUUAUGUUGGGACAUUGAAAUUAAUAGUAGCACCUGAUGCUGAUGCCAGAUGGAUUUUAAGCCAAACACACAACAUUUUUACACAGGCUGGAGUGAGACAGCUUUAUGUACAGAUUGACUUUGCGGCCAUGUGAUGAAUGAAAAGAAAUUGGGCUUUUUGAGGACCUAAUUUUCCUGGUACUAUACAAUCCAAAAUAUUGUACCCAUUUUUUUUUAAAGUAGAGAAAUCAUCACUACAACUCCUCAGCACCAAGUAGACCAGAUAGAACCAGCUGGUUGUGCUCUGCUGGGAACUCACAGAUAAGGGAUCAGAAAUAAGAUGAUCUCUCGGACCUUGAAUCUUGUCCUUUGUGUUCUUUCCCUCAAAACUACUUUAAUUUCUGAGGUUUCCUGUUUUGUUAUAGGGAGUUGUUAGUUUUUUCUUUUUUACUGUUAUUUUUAUUAUUUUUUGUCAUUUCAAAUGCCCUCAUCCUAACCACGAAGAAAUUCCAAUUGUGGGCCUUCAUUCAUCUGGAAAGUCUUCACUGAAGCUGCUGGAAACCACUGCUUUCAUUCCUACAAAACUAGUGUUACUGGGGGGGGCGGGAUAUGGGAAUCUCUAUUUUACAUGUAAUGCCACAAUUGACGUUCUUCACUAUGAUCAUACAUUUGUAAAAAUUGUUUGUACCUUGCAAACUUAUGAACCAAACCAUAUUGGAUUUUCUAAGUGCCUUUGUAUCAGAAAAUGUAUGUGCCAGCAUAGAAAUGUACCAUCAACGGUCAUGUAUAUGAGUUUUAUGGAUAUUCUGUAAUCUGUACAAAAUAAGAUUCUUACUAGUAUUACAAACAGAAUGUCUUUUUGUGUACUUCCAGUGUGGAUUUGGAUUUAUGAAAAUUUUUGUUUUAUCUCAUCAAAAAAAUAAAAGGUAUUACUUUGCUUUUUAAAUCAAAUUUAGUUUAGCACACUGAAUGACUGUGGGCUAUAUUUUCAAAAUUCUGCAGAUGCAUCUAUAAUACAUAGUUGAAUUGCUUUAACAUAAAACAUUUGCUCAAUUACUAAUUUCUAUAAAGCUACUGUGUCUGUGAAAGCUUCCUAUGUUUUUCCGAUUUUAUUAAUGAAAAGGCAUGCAGAGUAAAGACAGAAGUAAUUGUAACAAUGUUAUUUUUCAUUCUUAAAAUGCCAUGUUAUACCAUUUGUUUUCCUGUGCAAGCAUUGCACAAAUACAAUUGCUUUCAAAAAUCUUGAAGCAGUAUUUCAAUGACUUUGAACUAAAUCCAGAACAAAUGUGGCAAUAUAGAACUCUUCCCUACAUAGGAAGCUUAGAAAUUAGUAAAUAAUUUGAUUUUUAGGUUCUGGUGGUUUUGAAAAUAAAAUUAUAAUGAGACGACUGGUGCUUGAACACUCAAAUAUUUUCUUAUGUCUUAUGAAAAAAUACUGGGUAAGCAUUUUCCACAUGUGCUUCAUUUUACCACAGUAUAUAUAUAACCCCCUUUAACUUUAAAAAAAAAAAAAAAAACAGUUGUUGGUGGGAAAUCUUGAAAUGUAGAAAUGAUUGUCUAGAUUGUUAGAAUAAGACGCACUUUUUUCUUUUUUUUACUGCCAUGGAAGAAAUCACUGUUGAUUUUUGUCCAAUUUUUGAAGUAGUUGCCUAUUUCUGGCUUAUAAUUUACAAGCUGCAUUGUAUUAGGAAAACUAAUCACUAUCAACAUGCUUUUUUAAAACUAUUUCAGAUUACCAUGAACUAUGGUUGUUUUCCAUUUUGCAGAUUAAAUAGUAUCUUCAAAACAAUUCUUCCUUCCUUUCAGGCAAUUCUGCAACUAAGAGUCCCCACAGUAGAGUGCACUUCAUAGAAACAGGUGUUUGAGAUAUCUUAGGAGAGUACAAAAUGAAAUAAAAGUCCUGAUAAUGGUACUGCUUUUUCAUUGUAACUGUAAGUGGAUAUUUGGGACUCAAAACUACUACAAACCUGAUAGAAGCCUGACAUGUUCUGUGGGUUUUGGCAUCAGAUUUAGCUGAAAGCAGAGAUUGUAUGUGUGUGCCUUGAGAAGUCUAUUAUUUGCCAGUGUACUGAUAUUUCACAGAGGGAAAUACUAUUUGCACUGGCCUGUAAACUUUACUAAUGCAUUUUGAAUAUCCAGUUUUGCCUUUCACAAGCUCUUCAUUCCAGUGAAGCUUCUGCCAAAAUAUGUAUCACUGUUCAUUUGUCCUCUGAAUAUACAGUGCACGUGUAUGUUUUCUUUUCUUUGAUAAAGCUUAGAGUACAUAGUAUGUUAAGCUGAUCAAAUGAAUUUUUGAACCUGUUUUAAGAGAUUGCCAUCUUAUAUCACUUAGCAGGUUGAUAUUAAUAUUUAUGCUUUAACUGAAUGUUCUUAUUUAAGACUGUGUGAGCAGCAGUAGAAAAUUUGUGUUUUAAAGACUUUCUUCCCUCACGCUGAAAAUACUUUUGUCUUAUCAGUGUGCAUGGCACAUAUGUAUUGCUGAAGUAUAUAAAUAAUUUCUUCAAGAAAUACUACCUGACUAUUACUAUAAAAUAAGUCUAGAAUUUCUCUAUUGCUGAGCUAACUUUGGCAGAAGGAAAAAAAAAAAACCAAACCUGUAUCUGAUUAUAACUUUGCUAACAUUUUAAAAACAAAGUUUUCUCUGAAAAACAAAUUUGUAUUUCAGAAAGUUCGCUUUGCUUUUUGAACUUUCCAAUACAGGAAUAUACCUAUACUAGUUUUGUGUUUUCUAAAUCUGUCCUAAUUAAGUGAAGGGCUUCUAUAUACAUCUUCCUUAUUUUGCUGACACCAUGUGUACCUUUAUGAAGAAUGACAUCCUUAUAUUAUCAUCACCACAUCUGCUGCAGAGUCAUAAGAAAGUGUUGACAGAUGUUACUGUCAUUAUGAUAUGUACCAGUUGCCAAAUACUGUGGCUUGUGUGAACCCUUGUAAAAUAUUUACAUCAUUGACCCCAAAUGCAGCUUAUCAGAGUUCUGUGAUGUUUUCAUCUACUGUAGAUAUAGUCCAUUUUAUAGAGAUCAUUAAUAUGGUGGUAUCCUGGUAUAUAAUGAUGGGAUUGAAAACCAAAAGCAUCUUAUAGCUUAAUAGAAAAUUUGACAUCUAAGGGGACUGUCCUUACAACAAGUCUCCUUCUACCUCUUAUUUUACAGAUGAGAAAACUGAAGUUCAGAGAAGUUAUUUACUCAUUACUGAGAUAAUUAGUGGUAGGACCAGGAUUAGAAUCCAGCUCUUCUGACUCCAAGUCAAGAGGUCUUUGUACUCUACUGUGCAGCCUUUCAUUGUAGUGUUUGCCUUUCUGUGAAUGUGAUGAAGAAGCAUCUGUAAAUAAAGGACAUCUGACCUCCAUUUUUGGUACACUAAGGCACUUUAUAAAUGAAUUUUUACUGUCUCAUUUUUCAUAUCUAAUUAGAAGACAGCAUAUUAUUUACAUAGUAUUCUUUAUGAAAAUAAUUUUUUACUCUUUUUUUUUUACGUUUUUUACUCUUGUAAAAAUCAGUUCCUAGUUUUUAAAAGAAAUGACCUUUGUGCAUUGGAUGCUUCUUUUUUUUUUUUUUUUGCAUUGGAUGCUUCUAACGUGAUUUUUUUUCUGCUUUUUGCCCAACAUUAAAUCCAGUUUAAGGCUUGCUUUAUUUUGUUUGAAUUCUGUGAAUAGGUACUUUUUAAAAAACAAGGCUAAUUCACAGGUCUUAUCAUUUCAGUCUUGCCACUGUAGUACUUGGUCACUGGAGAACCUUUGCAUUUUUAAAAUUAUUCUAGGAGCAAAAUUGGACAUUAAAUGUUAUCUGUAACAAAUCUUUUAAUAGGGUAGAAUUUUGAAGUUUUACCGAGUCCCAAAUGCUAAUUUGCUAGUUUCACCUCUUAAUAAAAGCAUAACCUUGAGACAGACUUUUUGCUUUCACUGUCAUUGAAAUAAAUUUUUUUCUGACUCACAAGAACUUUGGUAUAAAGGGAAUUAUUUUAUAGUUUGAAGAACAUUUCUUGAAUGUUUCCCAUCAAUGAAGACUGUGUAAAGAUUUGAUGACCCUCAGAAAUUUUAGUAAUCAGGAUCUCUACCACAGAAUCAAAACAAGCAAAUGCAGUGAAAACUUAGGUGUCUGAAAACAGUAUUACAGAAAAAGCACAUAGUUCUACUAACAGGCCAACUGGCUUGUAAGUCUUUUUGAUGAGAACAUCUGGCUUGUGUGUAACCUUUCUUUUUAUUUAUGUACCAAGCUUUAUGUGUGUGACCUUUUUCUUGUUAUCACAUUAUUAUUAUAAAGAACUAUGCAUGAUUUUUAUGAUCAACUCAAAUACACUUCCUCUUCUCUUUUAAUACCUUUUUAAGGAGAAAAUUUCCCAACCCCACUUUAGAAAGGAAGAAACUACUGGGAGAGAAUUUCAGUGAUUUCACUGAGGGUGAAGUGCAGUCUCUAAAGCUGGAGUAUUCUAAUUUUCUAAUGGCUGCUCUGUUUAUAAAAGAUAUCCUGGGAGUUGGGCGGUAGCGCAGCGGGUUAAGCGCAAAUGGCACCAAGCGCAAGAAUCCUGGCUCAAGCCCCCAGCUCCCCACCUGCAGGGGUGUCCCUUCACAGGAGGUGAAGCAGGUCUGCAGGUGUCUGUCUUUCUCUCCCCCUCUCUGUCUUCCCCUUCUCUCUCCAUUUCUCUCUGUCCUAUCUGACAACAAUAAUAACUACAACAAUAAAACAAAGGAAUAAAUAAAUAAAUUUAAAAUAAUAAAAAAACAAAAGGUAAUAACUAAAUGUAAAAUAAUAAUAAAAAAGUUUAAAAAAAGAUAUCCUAUAAUGACUUAAGAGUCCUAGUUGUGGGAGAUAUAAACAGUCCUGUGAAAUUAGUGCAUAUUUACAAUGACAAAAUUGGUAAAGGAGAACAACUAUCUGCUGUUGAAAUGUGUUCCUUCUUUCUGUGCUCUAUUCUUAUUUCCUACCUUCCCAUUUUUCCAUUAAAUUUAAGCUGCAGGCAAAAAAAGAAAAAAAGAAAGACAAUCUGAACUGCUUUAAGAACUUUUAAGACAUUUUUUAAGUAACAAGCCUUAUUUUUAUUUUUUGCUUUUAUUCAGACUAACCUGCUUAAUAAGGACUAACUCAAAGAGAAAAGAGAAAAUGAACUCCUGCCCAAGAGAUGUUAACUUAGUUUAUUAGGGAAAAAAAAAAAAAUUUCUUCUCCACAGCUCUACUCAACUCUGACUUACAGUAGUGAGAGGGAUUUAACUGGGACCUCAGAGCCUCAUGCAUGGUAGUCUGAGUAACCAUCAUGCUAUCUCCCCACCCAGGAAAUUGUCUUUGAUUUACAUAACGUUGAAUAGCCUUUCAAAAGAGAAUCUGUUUGAACUCUUCCCAUAACUAAAAAUUUAUAAUUUUGACUAUGCUAUUGGGGAGUUGGUAAAAUGAAGAAUGGCUUUGUCUUGUACAUCCCACUAGCCCCCAAGUUAGCAUGAAUUUAUGUUUACAUGCUCCAUAAAUGUUUACUGAACUAGUGAAUCGAUAUUGUGGUUAGAAGUGGAUACAAAGGGUUGAGGAUCGGUAAAAUGACUAAUCGGCAAUGCACUGCAGAAGGUAUCUCAAAUUGGGUGUUUAUGUACAAAUAACUUUAUAUUUACCUUUUCCAUUUUUUUCAAGUAGCCUUAUAAUCAGUUAAUUUGUUUAACACAAGAAUGGUGAAAACAUAGAAAUGUUGACCUAUUUUUCAUGUUACUAAAUAGGAAUUUGUCAAAGCUGUGACUAAAUUCUGGGUCACUUGAAUUUUUAUAUAUUAUAUAUAGCCAGAGGAAAACCACCUUGUUCCCUUUUCUAUGGGUAAUUAUUAAUCUUACUUUAAAGACUAGAUAGAACAUGUCUUCUUCAUAAUUUACCUCCAUCCAAAACUUUCAGACAUUAUAUUGACGGUGCUUCUGUAAAUACAACACUAGGCAUAUUCAUUAGGUGAUUUAAAUAUUCUUUGAAAAUUUUCUCCCCCUCAGUACUGAAGUUCAAUAGAUCUUCUCUACACUUUAUCACUUUCUAUCUCUUUCCAUUGAUGUUGCCACUAUAAAGCUUUCUGUAUAGUGUGUGUGGGUGGAAUUUAUUUUGAAUUUUACUACUAGAAUUUUAUUUGUCAGUUAUCAUAUAUAAGUUAGCCUCAAUAAAGUUUGUUUUUAAUUAGGUAUAUUGGGUUUACCAAGCAGUCUUUCUUAGAACAGCAGACUUAGUGAUAUUCCUGCCUAAGUGGUAAGUGCCCCGAUAUUUGUGAGUUGAAUCAAUGUAUGGUUAUAAAAGAUUAUUAUUCUAUUAAACAGAAUGAAUCUUUUAUAUCAAAACUACUGUGAAUGAAAAAUUGCCAAUUCUUUUAUAGUACAUUCUAAAUUGCCCUAUAGCACUGCCUCCCUGUCUUCACUAGUUUGUAAACAUAUGGCCCAGUUGAAUUUGAGUUUGACUCCUUUAGUGGAGAUUAUAGAUGACAUCAAAUCACUUCUAAAAUGUGUGCAAGGCUAGCUUGGAGUGUCAGGUUUCAAAGACAGUUGUAACCAAUUUGAUUAAGUAAAAGUUAUCCAUUAUGGUUUGCCUAAGUAAAAUACAAUGAAUCCAUAAUGUAUAUUUCACCUUUUUUUCUAACUGAAGACAUUCAUGUAUAUAUUUAUUUAACCUCAGAUAUAUUUAAAAAGAAUAAGCAAUUGUAUCAAAUUUCUUCAAUAAAUUUCUUUGAAAAAUCUUUA